UGGUGAGUGUCCGAAUUUGAAACAUAUUUUCUCCAAGCAUCAAAUGCUCUUACAAAAAUGGUCUCUAAAAUCUCUUCUGUUGAGCUGCCGAAGCAAUGCAUCCAUCUCCAAACUCCACGCAUUGAUGAUCACAUCAGGUUUAUCCAUCAACCCUCCGCAACUAAUAGCAGCCUACGCUCGAACCGGCGCCAUUCACAUUGCCCACAAACUGUUCGACAAUUUGCCAACCCGAGCCGUGGAUUCUUGGAACGCCCUCAUCAUCGCCCAUUCCCGCCUCAACACUCCAUCUCAAGUCAUCUCCCUCUACAGAGAGAUGAUCUCGUCGAGAAUCCGGCCGGACAGCUCGACUUUCACGGUGGCCAUCAAGGCCUGCACCACCUCACUGGACUUGGAAUCGGGCCGAGAAAUUUGGAGAGACGCCGUGGAAUGCGGAUACGGGGGCGAUGUCUUCGUGGCCUCGUCCGUGCUGAAUCUGUUUGUCAAGUGCGGGGAGAUGGACGAGGCGAUGAGGGUGUUUGAUGGGAUGGGGAGACGGGACGUUGUGUCGUGGAGCACGGUGAUCGCGGGCUUGGCGAGGAGCGGUCGGGCGGGGGAGGCGCUGGAGGUGUAUCGGAGGAUGCGGGAGGACGGGUUGGAAGGGGACGGAGUGGUGAUGCUCGGGUUGAUACAGGCGUGUGCUAGCGUUGGGGAUUUGAGAAUUGCUACUUCUGUUCAUGGAUAUUUGGUUUGUAGAUUGUUUUGUGUUGAUGAUGUUGUUGUUGAGACUAGUCUUGUAGAUAUGUAUGCCAAGAUUGGGAGAUUGGAUUUAGCUUUGAUCAUUUUUAGGAGGAUGAGAUUAAGAAAUGUGGUUUCUUGGAGUGCUUUGAUCUCUGGUUAUGCAAGAAAUGGGAAUCCUGGUGAUGCUCUGAUGCUUCUUGUUGAGAUGCAGAGUCACGGGUUCGAGCCCGACUCGGCCUCGCUCGUGGGCGCGCUUCUCGCGUGCUCCGACCUCGGUUUCUCGAGGCCGGGGUUGGAGAUCCACGGAUUCGUCGUCCGGAGAGGGCUCCAGACGGAUCGCGCCGUGGAAACCGCGCUCGUCGACACGUACGCGAAGUGCGGCUCGUUGCCCCGCGCCCGGGCGCUCUUUGAGAAGGCGCGUGCUCGCGACGGGAUCCUCUACAACGCUAUGAUCGCGGGCUACGGGAUCCACGGGCGAGGGGAGGAGGCGCUCUCGGUCUUCCGCCGGAUGGUUGUGGCGCGGACGAGGCCGGAUCAUGCGACAUUCGCGUCGCUUCUCUCAGCCCUGAGCCACUCCGGGAUGGUCGACGAGGGGCGGUACUGGUUCGACGCCAUGAUCAGGGACUACAAGGUGGAGCCAAUGGAGAAGCAUUAUGUUAGCUUGGUUGAUCUUCUGGCUCGAGGCGGGAGAGUCGAGGAAGCUCGGGGUUUGGUUGAGGACACGGGAUGCGAACCCGGGAUCGCGGUCUGGGUUGCUCUUCUGUCUGGCUGUCUCAACCAUAACAAGAUUUUGGUGGGAGAAUUUGCAGCCAAGAAAGUUCUAGAACUGAAACCAAAUUGCCCUGGGAUUUACACCCUUGUUUCAAACUUCUUUGCUGCAGCAAAGAAUUGGGAAGAAGUAUCUACGGUGAGGCGAGCGAUGAGAGCUGCCGGGAUGAAGAAGGUUCCGGGAUACAGCGUGGCGGAAGUUUCUGGAAAGCUCCAUGCUUUUCGGGUUGAGGACAAGAGCCACCCUGAGUAUGAGCAGAUUUUGGGGAUUCUUGAGGAGAUGGAGCCUAAGAUGAGGGCUUUGGGGUAUGUUCCGAAGACGGAGGCAGUGCUGCACCGCGUCGAGGAUGAGGAGGUGAAGGUGAAGAUGCUGCGUAACCACAGCGAGAGGCUGGCUAUUGCGUUCGGGAUUCUGAAGACUAGGCCGGGGACGAGGCUGUUGAUCACGAAGAACCUGAGAGUCUGCGGGGAUUGCCAUGAGGCGAUCAAGUUCAUGUCGAUUGUAGCGGAGAGAGAAAUCGUUGUGAGGGAUGCGAAGAGAUUUCAUCAUUUCAAGAACAGUAGCUGUUCUUGUAGUGACUACUGGUAGCGAUGAUUCGAGGAAGAUGAAGACGACAGAAGUAAAUAGCUCAUCACUUCAAGAAUGCUCGUCUCAUUUUACUUUUACUAUACAUGAGCAUCAUCGAGUGAUGGAUCACAACAACGAGUCC